AUGUCUAACAAGGGCCAAAAUAUCACGAUUCAAGUUCGUCUUAUUGAGGCAAAACUGAUGUCAGUAUUUUUGGCUCAAAUCCAAACAAUCGGGCGUCGAUUUAUCGUGUCUGGAAAUAAAAUGCACGAAAAUGGUAGUACACGAAAAAUUGGUAGUUACGCUUGA